AUGGCGCUGCACGGAGCAGGUCUUUCCAAAAAAGAUCGUCACGAUGACGAUCAGCGCAGCAGCAGCAGCAACAAGCAAAUGGAGCACGAAGUGAGUGCCGAAGUGGAGGCGGCACUCCGAUUCCGUUCUGCAGCUACUGGCGUCCCCCUGGUGUUGCGAUCCCCGUCACCGGUCAGCGAGGCUGACGCAGGGUCAAAGGGCGAGAUCUCGGACGUGGAUUUGCCGUCCGAGGAGGAAGACGCUGGCCCGAACGCGGCGGACCUGGAAGAAGUCAUCGCCAUCUCAUCGGACGAGAGCGGACCGGUGGACGCGAUCGAGGAGGAGGAUGGGACGGAGACCGUCAGCGCGGAGGGCAACGGCAGGGCUCGGGCGGAUCUGCAUAGGGCAGAUACCAUCGUCGGGAAAGCCCAAGGAGUGGGCCGGCAUCAUGGAAGCGCGGGCGUUCACGGUCCGACAAUGGAAAACCCGGCGGGUGGCGAGGAGGGCAGCAGUCGCCGCGUGGCAGCAGAGGCUGAGGGACGCCGAGGCAGAGGAGACCGCACUGUGGGUGCCGCCGCAGGAGCAGCUGCAGUCGCCGGAGUAGCCGCCGCAGCCGCCGCAGGAGCAGCCACAGCCGCCGCAGAAGCAGCCGCAGUCGCCGCAGGAGCAGUCGCAGCCGCCACCGCUACCGCCACCACGUGCGCCGACGACACCACCCCCGCCACCACGUGCGCCGACGACACCACCCCCGCCACCACCACCGUCGCCUUCGCAGAGGCAGCAGGAGUGGCACUUGCUACAGGCGCAGGGCGCGCAGGCGCUGCGGACCAUCGUGGUGGAGGGGCGGCGGUCUCAUCAGCAGACGGUCACGUGGACGUGGCCCGCGCCCGACGAGGCACCGGAGGAAGCUCGGAUGUGGGAGGCAGUCGAGACCAUCGACUGGUAGCUCCCACCGCUGAUGCACCCGCGCGAUCUGCAACGCACAUCCGCGAGAGAAGCAGCGAAACGCGUCGCGGAGGCGGUCGGUCGCGAGGAGCAGAAGGCGACGACCGAGGAGGAUCGCGAGCCCCAGGAGCCCACGGAGGUUCUGGAGAAGGGGCCAUGAGAGUGGCCAGCACCGCCGGAGACGCGGCGCCAUCCUCCAAAUUCGCGCGGCAGACCUCGUGUCCGGAGCCGCGAGCCCCACCGGAGUGGCCGACUGCGGAGGCAGCAGUCGGAAUGGGCGUGAUGUGCUACCGCAUCAAGGUAGCAGUGGACCGGGUGCGGGUUCUUAGGGCCUAA